AUGAUUAAAAAGUUGUCUGGUCAAUAUUCAGACAUUUUCUCCGAAGUAAAGGAACAAUAUCCUUCAAUUAUUAGCGAUAAACUUUACUCAAGUUUAAAGGAAGAAACAAAAUCAGUUGAGGAUUUUGUCAAAGCAGAGGAGAAUUAUCAAAAAUCUCCUUCUGAUAAUGGCAAUGAUAAUAGUGGGAAUGGCACGAACAACAACGGAAAUUCAAAUAGUAAUGAUAACUCCAACGGCUCAAAUGGAGGAGGCAACAUGCCCUUUUCCUCAAACAAUUCUGAACUGGAAGAGAAGAUAAAAGAUUUACAAAGUCAAUUAAGCACGGUCAAAAAAGAAUUGAAAAAAAAGCAACAACAAAAUCCUAAUUCCAUUGAUAGCCAGCAAGAAGAGCGAAAGAAGGAUGAAUUAGAAAGAGAAUUGGAAAGAUUAAAACGAGAAAAAGAAGGGAAUAGACAAAAGCCGGGAAACCAAAACCCCCAAAACAAAAAAGAUAGUUUUCCCUAUGGACUAGUUAUUGAAGCAAAAGAAAGUAAAGUUAGUUCAUUUAAAAUAAAGCAUAUGACUAAAAACCAAAAAGGAAAGUCCUUUAAGGAAUACUUACAAGAAAUUGAGGACCCAAAAAAUAACAGCGAAGUAAAUUAUGCUUUGCCAGAAAACCCAACCCCUUUACAAGUUGCUAAAUUUGAAAUCUGUCAGGAAAUUUUAGGUUAUAAACUAGAUAAUGACUUAACUCGCGAACAGGUGGCAGAGAGAAUAGGAAUAAGUAAAGCCGAAACUGAGGAUAUUUUAUUUUGCCAUAUUGAGGAAUUUACUUUGGAUAGAUUAGUGGAGUAUGCUAGCAAGUUAUUAGACCCUAUUCAAUAUUUUAGCAAAGAGGAUAAUGAAUGGCAGUGGACUUACGAAUUAAAAAUUAUUUUCAAUAAGAACCACAUAAUUGCCAUUACUAUCACCGAACAUUAUCAGAAACAGCCAGGUCGGGAGGGAAUUACUAACGAACUGAUUUUAGAAUUAUUGGAGGAGUUAAAUGGUUGA